AUGCGCUUCUGGCUAGCCCUGAGCCGGAAUCUACACCUGGAACAGUCCUCAGAGCGCCAGAUGCAGGAGCAGCUGGAGGGUGGAUGUUGCAAAAUCAAAGCUCUGAGAGCGAAGACCAACACUUACAUCAAGACCCCGGUCCGCGGCGAAGAGCCCGUCUUCAUGGUGACGGGGCGGCGGGAGGAUGUGGCCAUGGCCAGGAGGGAAAUCAUUUCGGCCGCCGAGCAUUUCUCCAUGAUCCGGGCUUCCCGCAACAAGGCCGGCCCCGCCUUUGGCAGCGCCCCCACCUUGCCGGGACAGGUCACCAUCCGGGUCCGGGUCCCCUACCGCGUGGUUGGCUUGGUGGUGGGUCCCAAAGGAGCCACUAUCAAGCGGAUCCAGCAGCAGACCAACACCUACAUCAUCACCCCCAGCCGCGACCGGGACCCCGUCUUUGAGAUCACCGGGGCCCCGGGCAACGUGGAGCGAGCCCGAGAGGAAAUCGAGACCCACAUAGCUGUCCGGACGGGCAAGAUCCUAGAGUACAACAACGAGAAUGACUUUCUGUCCAGCAGCCCGGACUCCGGCAUGGAAAACCGCUACUCGGAGGCCUGGCGGGUCCACACCCCGGCCCCCGGGUGCAAACCCCUCUCCACCUUCCGCCAGAACAGCCUCGGGUGCAUCGGCGACUGCUCCAUGGAUCCUGCCUACGAGACGCCCCGGCUGAACGACCAAAACGACUUCAAUUACAGUUACCUCUUCCCUAACUACGGGGUCAACAAGCAAGACCUGUAUUACGGAGUCCCUGAGUCGGGCGCUCCUCUCUGGGCUGGCCAGGAAAACACCAACCCGGUUUCCGUGCUCUUCUCCAAGCAGCGCUCCAGCAACGCCGGCGCCCUCCACCCCAACUCGCACCGCUCCCCGUCGUCCUCCAUCCAAGAGCCCCCCCUCUCCGGGCUUCCGAGAAGGUCUCAGGGGGAGCCCCUGCAAGGGUUUUCCAAAUUGGGUGCUUCCGCCACCACCCGGACAUCCCUCUCGAGCAGCCGGGAGUGCAUGGUGUGCUUCGAAAGCGAGGUGACGGCGGCUCUGGUCCCCUGCGGGCACAACCUCUUCUGCAUGGAGUGCGCCGUGCGGAUCUGUGAGCGGAGCGACCCCGAGUGCCCGGUGUGCCACGCAGCAGCUACUCAGGCCAUCAGGAUAUUUUCUUAA